ACCGAAAAAAAGGAAAGGGAGAGCGACCCAGAGAGAGACACCUUCGCUUUUCAACGCGCCCUCCAAAACUUGCAGAGCUUCAUCUUCGAAUUCACCUUCAACGCUACCGCGAGAGAGAGAGAGAGAGAGAGAGAGAGAUGGGCGUCGGAGGAGAUGAGAUGGCGAAGGAACAGAGACCCAGAAUCCUGUGCCUCCAUGGCUUCAGGACCAGCGGGGAAAUCCUGAAGAAGCAGGUCCUCAAGUGGCCCGACUCCGUCCUCCACACCGUCGACCUCGUCUUCCCCGACGGCCCUUUCCCCGCGCAGGGCAAGUCCGACGUCGAAGGCAUCUUCGACCCUCCCUAUUUCGAGUGGUUCCAGUUCGACAAGGAAUUCACGGAAUACACCAACUUCGACGAGUGCCUCGCUUACAUCGAAGACCUCAUGAUCAAGCAAGGACCUUUCGAUGGUCUCCUGGGUUUCUCACAGGGGGCGAUAUUGUCGGCGGCGCUUCCGGGGCUUCAAGCGAAGGGAGUGGCGCUGACGAAGGUUCCAAAGGUCAAAUUCCUGGUAAUCAUCGGAGGGGCCAAGUUCAAGUCACCAUCGGUGGCUGAGAAAGCAUAUGCUUCUCCCAUACAGUGCCCGUCUCUCCACUUUCUAGGAGAGACCGAUUUUCUGAAGCCAUAUGGGUUAGAACUGUUGGAGUCGUGCGUGGAUCCUUUCGUAGUUCAUCAUCCCAAAGGCCACACCAUUCCCAGGCUUGAUGAAAAGGGAUUGGAAACGACGACGAGGUUCCUCGACAGGAUUCGUGACGUGUUGGCAGGGGACGAAAAACACUAAUCAACCACCAUUUGGCGAUGGGGAGCGUUUCUAUAGAGAUUUAUAAGUCUCGUUUGCUUUCACUCAAGCGCCUCUUAUAGUUUUAAGCUUCUGUUCGGGAUCCGAACUUUGGCCAUUUCAAAAGUUUCUGUACGCUCAGACAUUCGAGUAUAGCUUGAUAGGUCCGAUCUAGGUUCGGAGCCUAAACUAAAUACGUAUACUUCAAUCAAUAGAUGGUCAUGGCGUCUUUCAG